AUUGGGUGCAAAAAAUAAAUUCAACGGUACUGCUCACAACUGAACAAGUUUUAACCUGAACACAGAUGUCGUGAGCACAAGUAUGAGAGAUCUUCAGAAGUCCGUGAUGAAGAAUUUAGAGAUGUUGAGUUACACCCUGAUGUUCCUAAUAUUUGCCAUUCAAGGAAAGGGUGAGGAGUGUCCCUUGGGUACAUAUGGUGAAACCUGUGAUAGAAACUGUAGCCCUCACUGUGCCCCUUCUCCUUCUGACAAGAAUGUCCACUGUGACAAACUGACUGGAAUGUGUUCAGAAGGAUGCAAUAGAGGCUGGCAUGGGGAUCAGUGUAAUUUCCGGUGUAGCAGGAACUGCUUCAACUAUGUCUGUGAAGUACAACGUGGAACUUGCGUGGGAUGUAAAACUAACUAUUCAGGAGAUUAUUGUGAAAUGUACGAAGGAAGUUGUCAAAAGAAAUGUGAAGACCUGACAGCACCACAGAAUGCCUCAGCACCUGUUUCUAUGAUACUUGUUCCCGUGUUCGUCGUCGUCGCCGUCAUACUCGUCAUCAUCAUCAUUAUUCUAAUUGUGCACACAUGUCGAAGAGGGCGUGGGUGGAUAAUAAAAGGAAGGCGAAUGGGCUCGGAUGAUGCACGCGGUCAGCAUCAGAAUCUCCUUGCUGAUGGCGGUAAGAACACCGGACGGAAAUCAUUAUCUUAA